AUACAUAGUUAUAGUUGACCCUUAACAUACAUACAUGCAACUAAGACAAUUAUCUUACGGUUAGUAUAGAAGUAUUUACGUAACAAAAAUUUAUCACAAUGGUAUGAGUUAAUGAAUUGUUGUGUUUGUUUGAAUUGACUUAGUGUUUUAGCAAUUUCAUAGGUUGAAAAUGACCUUACUUUCAAGUUUUCAUCCAACAUAAUGUAUGAGAUUUAUCUAAACUAGGCGUUCAUAUGUCGUGGUCUACACUCUACAUAUACAAAUAUACAUUAUAGGAACAAUAUCAAGCUUUAUAUUUUAUGAGUCUAAAAGGGAUGAACGUUUAACUCUUGAGUGGUUAUUCAAAGUAUUAAGUAUGUGUAUAUAUUAGAUAUAUGGCUAAUUAUUUAUCUGGUUAAUUUGGUUUGGCUGGUUAGGAGUGUCUGAAACCAAACCAAACCACCUAAACCAAACAAGCUAAGAACCUUAACCAAACCAAACCAGUUAUUCAAAUUAACCAAACCAAAUUAUCCAAAUAGUACUGGUUAAAACGGUUACCAUGGUAACCAUACCGUUUGAACACCCCCUAUCCACAUUAGAGUUUUAUUUCGGUUAAUUUCAUACCCAUACACGAUUUAUUGCGUCAUGUCUAUUUGUGCUUGUGUUUUGCUUCUUCUUCUUCUUUUAUUUUUUUAUUUUUUUAUUUUAUCAUGGCCAUAUAAUUGAUCACGUAUACUUGAAAUGUGGAGAAUUGAUCAAGUACGAUAAGUCCCGAUUCUAUUUGCUAUGGGUUUCGAUUGCUGCAAGGUAAUGCCGUAUAACAUCGGCAAGCAUUUUUCCUAAUCCAAUUCGCACACGGACACACAGAUUAUGAUAAAUACGUUUGCUGCCCCCAAUACUUAUCAUUGAUGACUUCCAUUAAUUCUAGUCCGACGCCAAUGGCGGAGGAGACCGGAAGCAGAGACUGGGCGUGGCUCCCGGACCACAUCCUCGAAUCGAUCCUAAAAAACCUCGUCUCCUUACAAGACUACCUCUGGUUCAGCACCGUGUGCAAGCCGUGGCAUGCCGCGGCCAAGUCCCAAAAGCGACGACGUAUUGCCACCAGCCCCCAAAAGCAAGUCCCGCUCCUCUUGGUCCCGACCCAAGACCGCAGCCACGAGCGGCGCAGUCUGUACUGUGCCACUCGCGGCGACAAGCUCCUACCAACAAAGCUCCGAAUCCCUUGGCAGUACAGAAGGUGCUGCGGUUCCUCCCACGGCUGGCUCGCUUUCGAAGAAGACGACUUCGGCAUCACCCUCUACAACCCAUUAACGGGCGCUCGAAUCUCUCUACCCGUCACCCGCAGCAGCAACAACUUCCGGACCAUCGAAUACCACCGUCGGAAGUCCCAAUACUUAGCCAAGAAAGUGGUCUUGUCUGCCGACCCUUCAACACAUCCCCAAGAUUAUAUGGUCGCCGCGGUCCUAAAGUACGAUGUAUUCAGAACUCUUGUCGUGAUCAGGCCAGGGAGGGAUGAUCAAAAUUGGACCCAGUUCACCCAGUGGACAAACUGGACUUACCUUCAGGGUUGGCCACUGUUAGCUGAAUUGAUAAUUCAUGAAGGCGACUGGGUUUACGCGACAGGGGAUGGCGGGGUGCUCGCACGUGCGAACGUAGAGGGCGUUGGUACAGCGGACUACCAGCCGCGGUUGGAGCUCGUGGUUCCAAAGUGGUGCAACCCACUGCCAACAAUGGCACUACACUACAUCGUGGAACCGUCAAGAGGAGAUGAGCUGCUAAUGAUUGUGCGCUGGUUCGAAAAUAUAGGAAAUAAAUACGGCGUGGUUACCAGGGUAACCAAUGACAUUAAGGUGUUCAAGCUGGUUCGCGGUGGUGGUUCGAGUUUUCUAGAAGUGGAGGAUCUGAAUGGGGAUGCUGUGUUCAUUGGGGACAGCCAUUCGGUUGCCAUUCCAACAACAGAGUUUGAAGGUUGCGAGGCUGAUACAGUGUACUAUACCGAAGACCACGAGGAUGUUGCCCAUAACUACGACCAGGAUGAUAUCGGCAAGUUCAACAUCAAGAAUAAGAGAUUCAAGGGUAAGAAAUUCCGCACCCACCAUGUUCUUAGCAAAGCUCCGAAUAGUGAGAUGCCGCAUCCAAUCUGGAUCUUCCCUACGCUUAAACAAUCGUGAGCAAGAUCCAAUCAUGUAGUGGCAACUCUUCAAUCUGUCUACUAUUCAUAAAACAAUAAUCUUUCAUUUGUCAAUCUUGUUUAGCACCUAAAUAAACUAGGAAAGAUGAUGAUGUUCAAAACCCUCUCACUUCUUCUUUUCGCCUGCACCUCCAGACCUGUAAACAAGAAGAUACAAACUCAAAUCAGUUUCAAUUUUCAGAGUAUCAGAGCUCGCCACCAUAGUCCUACCUAAAUUUUAUUCAUGAAUCAUGAGGACAGAUCUGAUUACAACAACGCUAUGAAUGAUCGAAAUGGCAUAAAGUAAAAAAUAACGA